AUGGGCGAAUUCGAAGACAACUGGGGAGAUGAUAUGGAGGGAGAUGACGAUGAGGGAGAAGUUGUUAUUGCACCCGACAGUGACGAUGAAGAUGAACAGAUGCAAAAAGAUCUUUUGCAGGAAGAUGAAGAAAACGAGGCUCCUUUGCAAGUAUACCUUCCUGGCCAAAAACUUGGGGAAAAUGAAGUGCUGGUGGCCGAUCAGUCUGCUUACCAGAUGCUGCAUACCAUGAAUGUGGAAUGGCCCUGCCUUAGCUUUGACAUUGCGCGUGAUAAUCUCGGUGCUGGCCGAACUGCAUUUCCCAUGACAUCGUAUGUUGUGGCUGGAUCUCAAGCAGAUCAGGUCAACUCUAAUAAGAUAUAUGUCAUGAAGAUGUCAUCAUUGCACAAGACGAAAAAUGAUGGUGGCGAUGAUAUGGAUGAUGAUGAUGAUGAUGACAUAGAUGAAGAUCCCAUUCUUGAGUCAAGAACGGUUUCUCAUGUUGGCGGCAUCAAUCGAAUUCGCUUGAUGCAUCACCCAGAAGUUCACAUUGCUGCGACAAUGGCAGAAACUGGAAAAGUUCAUAUUUAUGAUUUGUCGCAGCAUAUUCUCGCUCUUGAUACGCCUGGCCUCGCUCCAUCCUCAGAUCUGGCUCCAAUGCACACAAUCACACAACACGGCACUACUGAAGGCUACGCUAUUGACUGGUCUAGUGUUCAGAUUGGUCACUUGCUUACUGGUGAUUGCAGAAGUCGCAUUUUCCUCACGACAAAGACUCCUGCUUCGUUUGUUACUGAUUCAACUCCAUUUACUGGCCAUACUUCAUCUGUUGAAGAUAUCCAAUGGUCCCCUUCACAAUCCAACGUGUUUGCAUCUUCUUCUGCUGACGGUACCAUUCGCAUUUGGGAUGCAAGAGAUAAAAGAAAACCACAACUGACUGUAGCUGCACAUACCACCGACGUAAACGUAAUUAGCUGGAACAGAACGUCAAGUUCAGGUCAUGUAUUGGCAUCUGGUGCUGACUCGGGAGAGUUUAGCAUUUGGGAUUUGCGCACAUGGCCUUCUAGCAACGGAACUCCCGAUCCACUUGCCAUCUUCAAAUGGCAUCAAGCACCCAUCACAUCAAUUGACUGGCACCCCACAGAGUCAUCUGUUCUUGCAGCGUCUGGAGCCGACGAUCAGGUUACCAUUUGGGAUCUUGCACUUGAACGUGACGAAGAAGAGGCAGCCAUGACUACCAUUGCAUCAGGAAAAGUAGUCGAGGUUCCUCCACAAUUGUUGUUUAUUCAUCAAGGUCAACAUAAUGUAAAAGAAAUUCACUGGCACAAACAAAUGCCUGGCACAUUAUUAAGCACUGCAUAUGAUGGCUUUAAUAUUUUCAAGACCAUCAACUCGUAA